AUGAUAAAUUCCCGAUUCAAUCCGACGCGACCUCUCCCCAACCGCAUCCAUGCCGGUUCCCGCCCAAAACCCACCAAACCCCAGAGACCACGGCCGCACAAGCCGUCGCGAAACCAGCUCCGGCCGCCCAUCCCCUUCCUCGACCACCUCAAAAAUUGCCGGGAUCCCGACGAUCUCCUCCCCGCCCUACGCGAUUUUCACGAGGCGGGCCACCGGCACGGAUACCCUUCCUACGCCUCCCUCGUCUACAGGCUGGCCCGGGCCCGAAAAUUCGACGACGUCGAGACCGUCUUGGACUUCCUCCGGGCCCACGAUAUAAGGUGCGGCGAACCCCUCUUCAUCGGGCUCAUCCGCCACUAUGGUAAGGCCGACCUGAUCGACAGGGCCGUCGAGGUUUUUCACGACAUGGGGCGGUCGUUCAACUGCCCCCGCACGGUGCAGUCCUUCAACACGAUCCUGAACGUUCUGGCCGCCGGCGGGAGGAUUCCGGCAGCCGUCGAUCUGUUCGAACGUGGCCGCGAAAUGGGGUUCCGGCCGAACGCGGUCUCAUACAACAUCAUGAUCAAGUUGUGGUUGGAAAACGGGGACUGGGAGCAAGCACGCAAGGUGUUCGACGAAAUGCUGGAGAGGGAGUUGGGGCCCACGGUCGUGACAUACAAUUCGCAGAUCGGUUUUUUGUGCAAAAGGGGUAGAUUUGACGAGGCUAAAAUUUUGUUCGACGACAUGAAAAGCAAGGGAAAACAUGGGAAUGCUGUCACGUAUGCUCUGCUAAUGGAAGGUUUGUGUGGUUUGGGGAGAUUUAAAGAGGCCAAGAAAACUAUGUUUGAUAUGGAGUACCACGGGUGCAAAGCCGAGCUCGUGAAUUACGGUGUUUUGAUGACGGAUCUCGUCAGGAGAGGAUUAAUAGAUGAAGCAAAAGAUUUGCUCGCCGAGAUGAAGAAAAGAAGGAUAAAACCCGAUGUGGUUAUGUACAAUAUAUUGAUUAACUAUUUUUGUAAAGAAGGUUUGGCUUCGGACGCGUAUAAAAUAUUGGUGGGUAUGCAGGUCGAUGGCUGCAAGCCUAAUGCCGUCACUUACAGGAUGGUGGUCGAUUGUUUUUGUAGAGGUGAGGAUUUUGUCGGGGGUUUGAGGGUUUUGAAUGCGACAUUACAUAGCAAUCACGCCCCACGUGUUGAGACUUUCUGUUCUAUGGGUCUUGGCUUGUUGAGGAGUGGGGAUAUGGACGGUGCUUGUUUUGUUUUGGAGGAGAUGGAAAAGAGGGGGAUGAGUUUGGGUACGGAUUCUUGGGAAGUUUUAGUUCGAGAAGUUAUGUGCGGGUGA